AUGGAGACUGAUGCACCAAAUGAUGGUGACGUGCUGCUGGAGUUCCGUGCUGGGAGGAUGACUGUCAGUGGCAGCACUGUGAAACCCGACCCUCGCAAGGGCCUGUUCCGACUUAUCAGGACAGAGGACCUACUGCUGCAUCUACAGUGGCUGGAUCGCACCACCCAAGCUGUGGAGGAGGACAUGGUGGUGUUCCCAGACGAAGCUAAAUUCGAAAAGGUGUCCCAGUCCAGUGGGCGAGUGUAUGUGCUCUCCUUCAAUGAAGAUGACCGCAAGCUCUUCUUCUGGAUGCAGGAGCCCAAGGCACACAACGACGAGCACCAUUGCUCCGAAGUCAACCGGAUACUGAAUGAAGCAUGGUUGCUAGAGGAGGACGACCGGGUGCUGGAUGCGGCAAUGAUGGACUCUGAAGCAGAUGCGUUCGCAGAGAACGAGGAGGGCCACCUGGGGGAGGUGGAUAUGCACGACGACGGGGAUAGCCACCAGAUUACAGGACAGGCGCCUGCAGCAGUACAGCAGCCCAGACCAGCUGGCAGCAGUGGUGCUGUGCCUGCCGGGUCACAAGGGGCGUCCGGUCUUGGUGAGCUGAGAGGCAAUGCGGGAGGAGGUGGAUCAGCAGCAGGUGGAACUCUGGGUGCCAGUGGCGCUGGCAGUGCUGCUGGUGCUCCUGGUGCUGGUGGUGGUGGGAGAGUUGGGGGACCAGUGCAGUUGGCACAGUUGCAGAGCAUUCUGGCGGGUCUGGGCCAAAUACAAGUUCCGCAACACUUGAGAGCGAGGAGCAUGAAGCUCACGGACAUUCUCAAGCCUGAUGUACUGAUGAGUACUCUCAGCGAUGGCACAGUGCAGCAGAGACUGGCUGAGUUCCUCCCACCUGAGCUGAGAAAGCCGGAAGAUAUGCGGCAACUGGUGCUGAGCCCGCAGUUUCAACAGCAGCUGGAAGCGUUUUCUGAGGUGUUGCUUGCUGGAAAGAUUGACCUCUCGCAGUUUGGCAUCGACGUGAGCAAGU